UGACUAAGCGGAGGAAGCACUUGCUAUCCUUGCACUACCGGGCCAAACAAUCCUUCCCUUGGCUGCAGAUCCCACUGGAUCCCUUCCCAUAAUGGAGGUGUGAACGCCAGGAUCCUCCAUGACCUCCAGAAGCCACAACUCCUUGCCGAGAACUCUGAUGGCUCCACGAAUGCUUUCCGAAGGUGCUCUGGGGGGCAUCGCCCAAAUCACCCCCUCGCUGUACCUGAGCCGGGGCAGCGUCGCCUCCAACCGGCACCUGCUCCUGUCCCGAGGGAUCACCUGCAUAAUCAACGCAACCAUCGAGAUCCCCAACUUCAAUUGGCCCCAGUUUGAAUAUGUCAAAGUGCCUUUGGCUGACAUGCCCAACGCCCCCAUCUCCUUGUACUUCGACAGCGUUGCCGACAAGAUCAACAGCGUGGCACGGAAGCACGGGGCCACCUUAGUCCACUGCGCGGCCGGCGUGAGCAGGUCAGCCACCCUGUGCAUUGCCUACCUGAUGAAGUACCAUAAGGUGUCCCUCUUCGAGGCAUACAACUGGGUCAAAUCAAGGCGCCCUGUUAUACGCCCUAACGUGGGCUUCUGGAGGCAACUGAUAGACUACGAGAGGAAGCUGUUUGGGAAGACAACGGUUAAAAUGGUACAGACACCAUAUGGCAUCAUCCCAGACGUUUAUGAGAGAGAGAGGAGACCCCUGAUGCCUUACUGGGGAAUUUAAUGUGACUGCAGACGGGAAGCACAGCAGAAGGGACAUGCUGUUCCAAGUCGACCAGACUGGAGACGUUCCCUUCUCUUUCUACAGCCAACUUUGGUUCUUUACCAUACAGCAGAACCUCAACUAAUUCUCACCUCACUAACCCGCAAGGCCAACAGUUCCCUUCGAAGCAUUUCUCUCUACAGGGAUUCCCCCAUCCCAUUUUUCUCUGAUUUAGCAGAAUGAGAUCUUCUUAUAAGUUUAUUCCUUUCAUAAAGCCUCCCUCUCUUUUUAGUCAGUUUAUUAGUAUCCUAUGAGGAAAGGCCUACGAGGCGUUUGGCAGAGUUAAUGAACAAAGUGCGCUUUGUGAUGCGGUAGCCUGGAUAUUUCUUUAAUAGCUUGUUUGCUUCCUUGCAGAAUCCUGUAGUGGUUUGGGAGCAGCACUAGCACCAGACAGGGAAGUCCAGCUCUAACAGCAUGGCUUCCAAGAGCAGAGAGGAGGUAGUGCAGGGUUGUGUUGCUAGUGCUGGUGUUUUCUUUAACAUCUGUAGUGACUCUCAGUAUAUAGUGUUUGAGAUCUUUAGUCAGCUCUUAAUCUGUAUUAAAAGUCAAAAAGAAUGAAGUCAGUCCGUGUCAGGCACAAGUAAAAUAAAACUUGAAUGAUUGGAAUCAAGUAAAUACAAAGCCCUUCUUCAUUCAUUCCAUGCCAGGGCAAUAGUCCUGGGAUACAUUGACACUUCUGAAAAGUACUGGUAGUGUUCCGUGGGUGGAAAGUAAACACAAUUUGUGAACAUGUGGCUCAAAGCAGCAGCGGGAGGUUAACGGUUCCCGUCCCCCACCACACAGCCAAGGGGAUGUUUAGGAAACGCUGUGUGCGUGGCCACCUUCCUAAAGGGCUGAGUUGCAUCUCCUAACGUUCAGACAACCAGUGGACUGGAAGUAGGUACACCCACUUGAGUACUUUGCUCUAGAUACGGUCGUGAUCUGCCUUAGCCCAUUUCUAAAACACUUCAUUAUGUCCUCAAGGUUAUGUUGCAUUCUAGAAUUGUUCUGCACAAAAAGGCGAUUUGUUUCACCUCCGGGACGGGGAUGGCGGUACGGAAAAGGCUUUGCCUCGUUCUCUUCGUGAUGAGAAAGAUUCCAACUGGAGAUGUGGGAGAAACCUCUCUGUGGCACAGCUGCUGCCUCCUGGGCACCGCUGCCCUCCCCGCAGAUGGAGCAAGACCUUCCUGUCCUCUGCUGCAUCCCCGACGGAUGAGUACGCAGAUUGCUGGAUGCUGAGAUAGCUAUCUGAUUUAAAUGAGAUUCUAUACUUGUAAAAAAAAAAUCAAUAAAGAGUAAACUAGAA